CUGUAGCCUAAACAGAGUAAAAACAAAACUUGACCCGAGUAACAAAUUGAUGGAGGCGGACAGAAGAUAGUGUAGUCUCCACCAAACAGACUUUUAAGUUUUUUAAAUUUUUGAUAAUUACCACUAGUCGUCAAAAAGCUGACAACGGAAAUGCUUAUUCUGGUGAUAGCUGCAUGUGCGGUUGUAAAAUCGGCACAGAUUCCAGCCAGAGGGGGAACCAUUGGUGGAUACACAGCCCCAACAUCGUAUACACCAUCCUAUUCCUAUUCCGCACCAGCACAGUCUGUAUCCUACUCAGCUUCUGUCCAGACUUAUGCAUCCCUCGGACCCUCAUAUUCAGCACCAGCACAAACUGUUUCCUAUUCAGCACCUGCCCCCUCUUAUGAUUCAUCCGUAUCAUCUUAUUCCUAUCCGGCGCCAUCACAAACCUUAUCCUACUCAACAUCUUAUGCUUCAUCCGGACCAUCUCAUUCUUAUCCUACUCCAGCACAAACCGUAUCCUACUCAACUCCUACCCAGUCAUAUGCUUCAUCCGCACCAUCCUAUUCAGUACCUGUCCAAUCUUAUGAUUCAUUCGUAUCAUCUUAUUCCUAUCCGACGCCAUCACAAACCUUAUCCUACUCAACACCUUAUGCUUCAUCCCGACCAUCUCAUUCUUAUCCUACUCCAGCACAAACUGUAUCCUACUCAACAACAGCCCACUCUUAUGCUUCACAAGCAACAUCCUAUUUAGCACCUGAAAAGUCUUAUGAUUCCUUCCUAAUACCCCAUUCCUAUCCGGCACGAGUACAAACCGUAUCCUACACAACACGAACUAUUUCCAACCCAUCACCCAGGGUUUCGUAUUCAGCACCAACUGUCAGCUAUCCGAGCUAUAGUGCAGGGGCGUCUUAUUCGGCGCAGGGUAUUUCAUAUCCAGCAGCACCAGCAGUGUCCUAUUCCGCCACGGCAUCAGCAGUGUCGUAUGCUGCUGCCGCUCCCAAUAUAGCAGCUCCCGCUAAGGAACAACAAACGACGCAAGACAAGAUGAGGAUGCACCCUCCAAUUAUGCCACCCCCUUUGAUGAUGCCCCCACCACCUGGAUAUUUUGGAGCAAGCGGAGAAUCUGGAUAUUUUGGCGGAAUAUGUACAGAAGCGAUAUGUACAGUAGCUCUCGCUAUAGCAUCGCUCGCUAUGAAACCACAAAUGAUGCAAGACAAGAUGAGGAUGCAGCCUCCAAUGAUGCCACCCCCUAUGAUGAUGCCCCCACCACCUGGAUAUUUUGAGGGAGGGGGAGAACCUGGAUAUUUUGUCGGAGUUGGAGGGCCUGAAUAUUUUGGAGGAGGAGGUGUUGGAUAUUAUGGAGGAGUGGUUGGUAGCUAUUAUGAAACAGGAGGAGGGGAAGGGGUGGCUACCAAGGUGGAGAAGGAGGCGACCACCAUAGCGGACACAACUACAGUUAAAUCAAGCGAAUGACAUACCCGUGGAAAUAAAUGUGUUAUUGUUUUUCCUUACAAAUAUGUUGUCUUCAGUCAAUCAAUAUGUGACCCAUCACAUCGAAAUGGGUAGUAGAUCUAAAUGCGCUUUAAAGUUUAAAUGUGGAUUGUUUUUUGGUUUAUUUUCGUCAAAUAGAUGUGUCUUCAAACGUGACUUUCAGAUGUCUGGAUAUGUAAAUUGUGGUCGACAUUCGGAUUUUCACAAGUAAUGCCUCAUAAAUGUCUUAUUUCUAUAUUCCAAGAAUGGAUUUGAUGUAAAUAUAAUCCUGAAGAUGUU